AUGCUCCCUUCCCGGGCCGACAUCAAUAUCUCCUUCUUCCAGCCACCUGCCUUCCUCCUCAUUGGCAUCCCAGGGCACGAGGCCGCUCAUGGCUGGAUCUCCAUCCCCUUCUCCUCCAUGUACACUGUGGCCCUCACUGGAAACUGCCUGAUCCUCCUGGCUAUAAGGAGGACCCCCAGCCUGCACCAGCCUAUGUACUACUUCCUGUCCAUGCUGGCCCUCACUGAUAUGGGACUCACCUUGUCCACACUGCCCACCACCCUGGGUGUUCUCUGGUUUGACUAUCGGCUCAUUGGCUUCAAUUCCUGCCUGGCCCAGAUGUUCUUCCUGCACACCUUCUCUGUAGUGGAGUCCUCAGUGCUCCUGGCCAUGUCAUUUGAUCGCUUUUUAGCGAUUUCUAAGCCACUGCGCUAUGCAGCCAUCCUCACAAAUAAUGUCAUCAUCAAGAUUGGGCUAGCUGUUGUGACGCGAGCCUCUUUGUCCCUCUUCCCUGUGCCCUUCUUGCUGAAGCGACUGAAUUUCUGUCCAGACAAGACCCUCUUGUCCCACUCCUUCUGUUUUCACCCUGAUGUGAUGAGGCGGGCCUGUGAUGAUAUCACUAUAAACAUAUUCUAUGGGCUGUAUAUUGUAGCGUCCACUGCAAGCAUAGACUCCCUGCUCAUUGUCCUGUCUUAUACCCUCAUCCUUCGCACAGUCCUGGGUCUGGCUUCUCCCAGAGAGCGUGUCCGAGCUCUCAAUACCUGUGUGUCUCAUAUCUUAGCUGUCCUGGUUUUCUUUAUCCCAGCCAUAGGUGUGUCCAUUAUCCAUCGUUUUGGAAAGCAUCUGCCCUCCAUUGUACAUGCUCUGGUAGCCUAUGUGUACUUGUUGAUCCCACCUGUACUCAACCCCAUCAUUUAUAGUGUCAAAUCCAAGCCCAUCAGGGAGGCCAUGCUCAAAGAGUUAAGAAAGAAGAGGCAAGUGCAUGAAGUAAAAAACUGA